AUGGCAUAUACGCAUCGGGACGAAAUUCCACCAGCCCUGAAAAACGGCGUGGAUAUUCAGCUGCAAUCGGCAUUUGCGGAUGAGAACUGGCCAACGGUGAUUCGCUUGGCCGACAAGAGGGCCAAGGCAAGCGGCGACGCCUACUAUGAGAUUGCUGCCAUAAUGGACAGGUCUUCCAACUCACAUGACAGGCGCUUCAUGUACUGGAAUAUUCUUUUAACCCACAUGCUUUCGCUUGAAAAGGCAGCAGAGCUCACUGCGGCGCACAUAACAGGCCAGGAGCGAAGUCUUCAGUACGAGGAAGAGUUUCUGCUCUACUACAGGGUCGUCGCGAAUCAUGGAUCGGUGGAAGAUUUUUUGAAGCUUUCACUGAAUUCAGAAACCGGUGCUUUAAAGCAGGCAUUUGACACGGUGCAGGAAGUUCUACAAAGCUUCAUUUCGGCAAAAUCCAAAAUUCCACGCAUGUUUACAAAAACCAUCGGGAUUGCACUGCUAGAGACAAUCUUCGAACUGCCACCUUCACUUCUCGCAGAGAGCGAUGAAGGCUUACCCUCUCCCCGUGUAGAACAGCUUUUGGUUUAUAUUCAGGCGAAUAUAGAAAGAGCAUCCGCUUUUGGAGAUGUGAAAGGCUAUGUUGAAAGGCUUACGUUUGCAGAAAGCAAAGAUUUGCUGCAAAAGCUGGCCGCUCUUUCUGUGGAUGACACACUGUGGCACAAUACGGAUGCAUCAGGCACAUCGACACCUUCAUGCAAAUAUUGUGGCCAGCCAGCCGGGCUAGACGGAUGCGCCAGCUGUUUCCACAACAUCGCCCUCGACAGCCUAGAAGCGCACAGUAAGAUCUCGAAAGACGCCGAUAUCCUGGAGAGAAUACAGAGAGUCGACAAGGACCCACGAGUCGAUUUGAUACUGGUUUCAGCAAGCUGCCUGAUAAAGCUGGCAGGCAUCCAGAAUCACAAGGGUCACGGGAACAUGGGCCAGCUGCACAUCUCGUUUGCCAACGGGGCACGCUUCCUCCAGGCGACUGCUCUUCUGGAACGCCAAUUAGAACAGACACCGGCCGAGAUUUCGCUGCAGCUUUUACUCGUACGCGUUUAUUUGCUGUUAGGUUGGGCCUCACGUGCUCUUCAGCUUUGGAACCCGCUCGGCGUCAAGCGCACCGUUCUGGACGCCCUUGGCCCGCUAUUCUAUGAUCGAUUGUCAACCGUUGCUCCAGCGUUGUUUCACGGGAGCAAGCCAUUGACUGAGGGCCUUCGUACAUACUAUGCCACCGUCCUACAGAAGCAUUCGCCUGUCAAGAUAUGGGAUGCAUUUACCUCGGGGAGUUACAGCAGCAUCCUGGACAUGGCCCAGUUCAACGACAAUCUGCACCGCAGCUGUACGCGAGCAAUGGCUGUACUUGAAGAGAGGCGCGCAGCCCGAGCGUUUGGGGGGAAACUAGAAGAUGUCGAGAGCGUCUAUAUCUUCGCCGAAAUCACCAAUGAUAUAAACUUGGUCGAUGCGACUGACUUUGGAUCGAUGCCGAAUCUGAACUGUUCAGCCACCUCGAGUCUGGCCGAAGUGCUGUCCAUCGGUCCAGGCCUUGUGAAUACUCGGAUGCACCUAGGCUUGCUCUCCGAGAAGCUCCUAGACCUGAUGAGCCACAAGCCCCCUAAGGAGUACAAGCCUUCAAAGCAAGCCGAGGCAGCACAACGAGAGCGAGCUUACCUCCUGGAGUCGUUGGCUGCUGUCGAAUCGUCAUUCAUGGAGUUUCUACACCAUCCCGACACCCCAGGCAAGCUCACUGUCGCAGAACUGUCGCAUUAUACAAUCAUGGCACUGCUCUCCUCUCUAGCCGUAAUCGGCGUCACCGCGAUUCAGUCGACAGCUGUACCGUCGUAUUUUGCAGAUAUCAUGUCAUCAUUUACGACAAUGUACGGCAUAGCUCGUUCAUCCGUUCAGGACACGCAGGGCUCAAGGGGUGUUGCUGCCGAAGCUGUACUGCAUGUAUUCACAAAUCUCCAUGGGCUGUCGCUAUUUCGUGACACGGCUAUUGCUAUCAAGCAAACAUCGAUGUUUCUCACAGCAUUACAUGACCGAGAAGCUGCACGCGACCGCAGCGGAAAGUCAGGAUUUCACAAGGACGUCAUAGCAGCCACGCGGACGCUAAAAGUGACGUCCACACAGGCUUUCGCCGACUUCAAGGCAAUCAUCAAGCUCAGCAAGGACAUAAUGGCCGAGCCGGGGUUUCAGAGCGGCGUCAAUGACUGGAUAGCGAAUUCUGAUACCAGUAGCAAGACCGAUAGUGCUGAUGAGCUGUCACUUGCAGUCUUGUCGACGCUUGGUGAAAAAUCUGACAUGGGGGACUGGUCCGCUAAAUUGGUAGGCGGCUGGAGAGAGGCUCUGAAGGGCUGGGCCAUGGUCCAGUUGGAGUAG